AUGGCGCAACGGUCUUAUGAGACACCCAGCCCCUCUACAUCGUCCGGGUUCCUUCCACUCGGGCGAUACGAGUCAAGGAGCUCUCUUACUAGUACACAAACUGAACGAGAAAAUAUGAAUGCAGCCCUCGAUCAAAUCCAUACCGCCGCGUACCAAUCUGACUCCCUAACACUUUUUAACGAGUUUACGACCCCCCUGCAUCAGCACCGAGACCAUCAUCUGCAUCAGAUGACAAACGACUGUCGGAAGACCUCCAGGGGGUCUCAGUGGACUGUACAGUCGUUUCAGGACCUCGAUAAAGCUGCUGCCGAAACCCCUGCCGGGAAGAGCUCCACGUUUGAUCGGUCGAUAUCCAAGUCCGCUUCUGACUUGACAGGUGGAUCGGUAGAUUAUCCACUCUCAAAUCCAAUCUCAUCUCAGGGAUCAAGACUACAUUCGCCAGUAGUGACAAGUUUCCAACAUGGCCAUGAAUCUAUCCCUCCGUCCAGCACGACUAAGAGCUCUAGAAUCUCUUCCAAAAGUGCCAGUAUAUCUUCGAGGAAUUCUAUACCUCCCUCCCCAGGCCCCAAGGCCAGCAUUGGCUCCAUGACAAAAUCGACCAGCAGCUCCAACGCCACAGAUCUUGUAAUCGCUGCUAAUCAACCACAGCUCGCUUCGAGUAGCUCUGUUAAUUUUUCCGCACACGGAUCUAAAAAUCCAGAUUCUUUCAGUAUAGCCAGCAGAGAUGGCAGAGAUGGCCCUGUGGAUGCACCCAUAAGCCGAAGCUCCUCGGUGCUAAGCCGGGAUCUCCCUCAUUCACCCAUCCUUCCAAUCAAAACUCAAGAACUUUUUCAUGAUGAUCCAGAUGCCCUGGAUGGAAGUAUACAUUUUACGCCAACGAGUCAGGUGUCUGAUCAUCAACUCAGAAGUUCAGUGUCUGGAAGCCAACAAAAGUUAUCUGACAAAGCAUCUAUGGCGUUGAUGGGCGCGAAGCACACUGAUUCUACUCAAGAUUUAGCAUCUCAGUCCCAAGAAAACAUGUUGCAUUCACGGACGUCUUUUGGGAACGCUGAGCCGGCUACACCAAAAUCUGCAUCAAAUAAUCAACUGAAAAUACCACCCCACGAAGGAGUUCCAUAUCGCGCAAGCUCUGUCACGGAUAGCAUGGCUUCAGUGCCGCGCGAAGAGACACGCGCUGUUGAGCCUGCGACUGCCUCUAUCUCUUCAAAAUCUAGCGAGAAGCUCAGUCUCUUAAGUGGUAGAAUUCGGUUUCCUGGCCACACAAUGUCCCGGGCCUCUACAGCUGAGACUACCACCACGGUUUCUUCACUUCCACCAUUGAAUACUGGUGUUGACCGACUUACUGUGCCGUCUUCAUGGGGCAGUCGACAGUCUGCUCCCAGCGAUGGCAUGUUUGGGAACUUGCGAAACAAGUUACUUAGCAGAGAUUUCUGGAUGCGUGAUGAAAAUGCGAAAGAUUGUUUUCACUGUAGACUACCGUUUACAACAUUUCGCAGAAAACAUCAUUGCCGUACUUGCGGGCAUAUUUUUGAUUCGAAGUGCACACUUCUUAUCCCUGGAAACCGAUUUGGGCAGGCUGGUACCAUUCGUGUUUGCAAACCCUGCGAAACCAUGAUUAAUGCACAUGAAGAUGACUCUUCUGAGCUUUCGGAUAGUGAGCAGAGUCCUAUAGUGAUAAAUCCUCGGGUCUCUGAAAUCAGCUGGGCCGCUAGCACCCGUCCUUCUGCGGAUGAAGACGAUUCGUCGUCAGUAAUAUCACAAUCGAUCGAUCAUGUCUUGAAGACCCCAACUAUGGCCAUUCCAGCUACUCGACGCGCGGGAGAAGGUCAUAACCGUCGUUCAGCUAUCCUGGAGAUCAACUCUGAUCGUCCACUUACAAGACCGACCUCUUCGCGAUCCUUAAGAUCUUCCCUGGCCAGCAGACCACAUACUAUCAGUCACAAAAGACACCAUUCUCGCCAGCAAUACAUUCGAAGCUUCAAACCAUACCAUGAAGAUCGAGCACCCUUUCAGCGCCGCCAUGUGGAUGACUUGACCUUUGAAUCUAGACUCCCCGCGUUCCAUAAGGACAACAUUAUCGAUCCAGAUCUGGCUCAGUAUCUUUCGGACGAUGGCUCAAGUGGCGAUGAGCAACCCAGUAUAAUGUCCGUAGCGUCUGAAGGGCAACUUUCCAAAAGUGGAGACCAAGAUCGGGCAUUAUUCGGUGGAUUUCUUGCCGCCAUGAAGAAGGGGAGAUCUGCGUUUGGCGAUCGAGGUAUUUCUCUCAUCAAUCAACCUGUCCGUGACACAGAUGAUGUAAGUGUUAGCAGCUUAAAAGCGGUGAAUCUCCCUCGCUCCUCUCGCCGUCGAAACAUGAGUGUAGCUAGCAGCGUACAUCGUCAAUCACCUAAAACAUCCAAGAGUGAUAUUGUACCGUAUGACCCGACGUUGGGAAACGUCUCCCAUCCCGUUAACUUGGGCCAGACAGGAUUCAAAAUGACGAGAAGUUCAUCAAUGAAAGGGACUGGAGCACCACCAGUUGAAUUGAAUAAAACUAGCUUGGAACACAUGCGAAGUAUCUUGCGACAACUUUUGGCGGAGUCAUCCGUGCCACGUGCAGACAGCUGGGAAACUGCUCUCAUGCCAAUUCUGUUAAAGGCAGCUGAUGAGGUUGACCCAGAUGUCCAGCGAGGUGAUGACAUGGAUAUUCGUCACUACGUCAAGUUGAAGAAAAUUCCAGGUGGUCGACCUAGUGAUACCUCCUACGUGUCAGGGCUGGUAUUCACUAAAAAUCUGGCGUUGAAGAGCAUGCCAAGGAGUAUCUUUCGUCCAAACAUCUUAAUCCUCACAUUUCCCCUUGAAUAUGCUCGGCAACAACAACAUUUCAUGAGUCUUGAACCAGUUUUACGACAAGAGCGAGAAUUUCUUGAGAAUCUCGUUACUCGAAUCGCUUCCUUGCACCCAAAUUUGUUGCUCGUCCAGAACAAUGUCUCCGGUUUAGCUCUUGAUCUCCUUGAAAAAGUUGGUAUUGCAACUGCAUACAAUGUGAAGCCAUCUGUUCUUGAGGCCGUAUCAAGAUGUACCCAGACCAGAAUUAUGACAUCCAUGGACAAACUUUUGAUGAAUGAUGUGCAUAGUGUCUGCAACAGCUUCGAUGUGAAGACAUACGUGCACAAGGGGCGAAAGAAGACAUACAUGUACAUCUCCGGCUGUCCUAAAGAGCUUGGCUGCACCAUCGUCUUGCGUGGUGGUGACGAAAAGGCUCUUGGUAAGGUGAAAGAAAUCACUGAAUUCAUGAUUUACGUGGUGUACAACCUGCGACUUGAGACCUGUGUGAUGCGAGAUGAGUUUGCAAAGCUGGAAGAUGCCCCGAAAAGUGUUGUUUCCGAUAGACAAAAGAAGAGGGGUCUGAUUCAACCGGCUGAAAGCCUUCUUUUGGAAGCAGCAGUCUCUCAAACGAGUACAGCCGAGGCCCUCGUCGAGAAUUCCAACAAGAAGGCAGCGACGAUGAAAUUCACUAUUGAAGUUCCUGACGAUGUUCCCAUGCCCAAAUACUACAGCGGCAUGGUCCAAGACCAUGAAACGAAGAUCCUUUCUGCUUCACCUUCUGUCAAGUUUGAGCCUCCGUAUCUACUUAUGCGUACAAGAGAGAUGGAACGUAGGUUGACCUACCUCCAACAACUCCGCGAGCAAGAUAAAUACUCCGAGGAGAGUGCAGAUGAGAAGGCCACAUCACACAGCUUCGCUCUCAUCACCCCUGAAAUGAUCCAUGAGCCCCCACUUGAUGCUCCUCCGAAGGCCAAAGAGGUUAUGCGUGCAGCCUACGACGCAGAAUACGACAGGGUGCUUUACCACUACCAAACUCAGAAACGACAGUGGGAAACCUAUGCUUCGGGUGAAGCCAACAUGUUCGAUCCAUACGCUCAUCAGAACAUCGUUGUUCUCUACAGCCUUGUCUGCACAGAAACAUCGGUUCCUUGUACUGGACCUGAUAUCUUCGCCCUUGAGUUCUACAAUGAACAUGGGGAUGACACGAUAUUCGAGCCCGACUGCACGAUUGGACAAUAUGUGGAGGAUCUUUGUCACACUGCAAAUGCGGCCUGUUCUGUCAAUGGCUGUGAGCGACGCAUGUUCGAACAUCAUCGCCAAUACGUCCAUGGAGAAGCUCAGCUUAGUGUCAUGACCCAACCUUAUCCAGCUAAAAUUCGGGGACUGCAGGAUACUGUGUUGAUGUGGAGCAUUUGCAAAAAAUGCGGCCACGAAACACAAGUGACCCAAAUGUCUCAAAAUACCUGGAAAUACUCUUUCGGUAAAUACCUAGAGGUUUCCUUCUGGGGAAGAAAUUUACAUGCGCGUGCUGGAGUUUGCCCUCAUGAUCUCCAGCGUGACCAUUUACGCUACUUUGGUUACAAGGAUGUUGCAAUCCGCGUUCAGUACGAUCCGAUCAAUCUUCUUGAGAUUAUCGUUCCAAGACCCCGAGUUACCUGGAAAGUGGAUAAUGACCUCAGGAUGAAAAAUGAAGUAUUCUUGCAUUGCAAACAACGCAUCGACAAAUUCCUGAACUCUGUUCUUGCUCGCCUGAAAGCCAUCAAUGUCCAGAGUGUCGUGCCUGAGCUUCUCGACGAAUGCAAAAAAGAGAUUGAGAACUUGGUUCAGAAGGCGCACGAGGACAUGACAACAUGGGUUCAGCAGCUUCAGGAUGGGUAUAACAACUCUGGAUACUGGGAAGUAAUACCGCUCAACAAAGUGCUCCGAAUAGUACAAGAGAAUGUCGUAGAAUGGGACAUCAUAUUCGCCGCAUUCGAGAAUAGUUUCUUCCCCUCUGAAAAGGAUAUCAAACGGAUGGCUACCCUCCAACUGAAGAAAAUCUUCCUCGACAAAGAUGCAACAUCCAUGACCACGGAAGACUCACUACACGCUCCGGCAGAUGUGGAAGACGAGGAAGACAAUCAAAGAAAUAUGCCACGAACCACACGUCGCAUGACUCUCUCGCCCGAAAAAACCCAAGAUGUCUUGGUCUCUGUAGUUCAAGAACAUGCUGGCAAGAAUUAUCAAGAAACCCCUCAACAAAAUCUAGUUGAGGAAGGUCAAUCUCCCCCAUUUUCCGAGCCUACUGAAGAAGAAAAUUUGGGUAUCGAUGCUGUCAAUGGCAAAGCCUGCUCCCCACAAUCUGAACUGGUCUCGCAGAAGGAAGUUCAGCAUCUUGAUUUAGCCGUUCCUUCUAGUCAAUUAGAACAAGGGCCCCUCGACUCAAUGACGGCUCUCGAUCAAUCCCGGAGCCAAUUCGGUGGGGCCCCUCUUCCUGCUGAAAGUCAAAUUAGCAAAGCACUGGCAGAGUUAUCAUCGUUACCCUCUGAACAAUGUAUCAAAUCAAUGGAAGAUGGUAGUACACCUAGCACUCCUCCACGGCGUUCCGCAAUUCCCAGGCUUGCAGAGGGGGCUUUUCGCCGAGCAGCCGGGAAGGGACGUUCUCCUUCAUUGCAACGCUCUCAGACACAGCCUUCGCAGUUACUUAGAGAGAAAUCUUUUGGCAUCAAGCUUACUCCAACGAACUCGAAUGACUCGGAGGCUUCUCGAGGCGAAUCAACAAAAACAGCAGAGAAGAAGCUCACAGAUCGUCUCGGGCUAAGUGCUCUCAAGAAUGGACGAUUUACUACAAGCCAGUCCCUCAUCCCACGAGCAUCAUCUGCUCCAAAACGGCAUCAACUCCGCGUGUCGAGCCUCGCCAAGCAUUUCGAGCAACUCAGUCGCGAGUUCGAUAAAGAAAGACAACGCGAAAGAGAUCAACGGGCUGCCCGAGGCACUCAGUCACGGGCUUUCCCUUUGGCCUCUUCAAAACCUAUCGUGGAAGUGUAUCGAAACGUGAGAGAAGCAGUGGAAGAACGGGAGCCACCGGCGGAUGGAGAAGAGUCUCCAAUAUCGUUACGUUUCCCGCUUGAUAACUCAAGCCGCAAGAGUGAUGAGUUCACCAACUCAAUCACAAAAGAAAACCUGGCCCCGAAUCCCACAUCAGAAGAGAACCCUCACGAAACUGAAGGCAGCCAUCGCACCGACCCUCAACUCAUGUCUGAGGGCGAGCAAGAUGAGAAUCUCAGUGACGAAGAACGAAAUACAGCUGAAGACCUCCAUCCCGUUGAUUCACAUGAAGAGACAAAGUUGCCAGAAGAUGACUCGAUCGACUUCAAAGACCUCCCGAAACAUGAACGUACAACACUUUUGAAAAUGCUGACGAAUUUCUGGUCUGAGCGCUCCGCCAGUGGCUGGGAAAAUCUCGAUUAUCCCCUCAGCGUUAUGGAUCACGUCUUUGCAGACUCUGACAUUAUUGUGCGUGAGGACGAGCCUAGCACUCUAGUUGCAUUUGCACUAGACUCCCCCGAUUACAAGGGGAAGUUGGCAAGCAUUCAAAAUCAGUUCAAUGAUAUGGAGAAAACGGGCAUUGAGCCUGGUGAUGGACAUGAGCCCACGAUGGAGGCUCCAGUCGAAAAGGCACUCAAAAGACCAACGGGCACUCAUCUCAAGUAUCAAUUUGAAGAAGGACCGGCCAAGAUGCUAUGCAAAGUGUUCUACGCCGAGCAAUUUGAUGCACUGCGCAAAAAGUGCGGUGUUGCAGAUCGAAUUGUGGAGUCGCUGUCUCGCUGCGCAAAAUGGGAUUCUAAGGGAGGGAAAACCAAGUCACUCUUCCUGAAGACUCUCGAUGAUCGAUUUAUUCUCAAGUCACUGUCUACCAUUGAGACUCAAGCUUUUCUCAAGUUUGCCCCAUCGUAUUUCUUGAUCAUGGCCGAGGCUUUGUUCCACGAGCUGCCAUCUGCAAUUGCCAAGAUGUUCGGCUUUUAUCAAGUCAUUAUCAAGAAUCCUGUGACUGGAACAGAGUUCAAUUGGUACUUGUUGUUGAUGGAGAACCUUUUCUACGAUCGUGUGCCAGAGCGUAUCUUCGAUCUGAAGGGCUCAAUGCGCAACCGCAAAGUAGAAAGUACUGGCGAGCGGGACGAAGUUCUGCUAGACGAGAAUAUGGUAGAUUUCAUCUACGAGACACCAUUGUUCUCGCGAGAGCAUUCAAAGAAGCUCCUCAGCCAGAGUGUGUGGAAUGAUACUCUUUUCCUGGGCCGACAGGAUGUCAUGGACUAUUCACUCAUGAUUGCCAUUGAUGAGCAACGCAGCGAACUUGUCGUGGGCAUCAUCGACUGUAUUCGCACCUACACCUGGGACAAGAAGCUGGAGUCGUGGAUCAAAGAUCGAGGUUUUGCUGGUGGUGGUAGAAACCGCCCAACCGUGACCAGUCCAAAAGAGUACAAAGGUCGAUUCCGAGAAGCCAUGGCAAGAUAUGUUCUUCAAGCGCCGAGUUGCUGGCAUCAAUUCCAACCAAGAACGAUGUAUCAAUACCCGCAGAACGAGGCCCAUGUUGGGCCAUCCCGUUUCACUGAUAUCGACACCUAUGAUAGAGGCGGCGCGACUAGUAGUACCGAGUUUGGUGAUUUUCAGGCAUGA